UUCAUCAAUAAUCCCUCGUAAUUUCUCGUGCCAAUGUGUUUCGCAUCUCAUCACACCGCAAACUAGAGUCAAAAAUUCACAUCAUGGCAUUCAAAAACACCCCAAAUACGAAACGUUUGAAGACGGGCGAGCGAAAUGUCUCCGUGCCGCCAAAGAAAGUCGUCAGUAUCGCAACUCCCGGAAAGGCGGGCACUCCUGUUCCCUUGAGUCGUCGUUCCAAGUCAUCCACAUGCAUCACAUACACUCCAACAUCCACAAGCAAAUCGGGCAGUUAUGCUCUCAGCACACCCAAAAGCCUCACACGAAGAGCCUUGGAGCCCGUCGAAACGCCAGAUUACUUCAAUCCGGUAUCACUUGAGACCCCCCGUCGUUUCGCCAAAAGUGCAUCAGACAUCGUGACGGAUCUCUCGCUGGAGAGCACAAAAGAAGACGAAAUCUCAAAUCUAAAAGUAGCAAUUCGCGUAAGACCUAUGAGUGUAAAGGAAUUGUCGAAUUAUCGCGUGAAGAAUGUCGUUUCGUGCACAAAUAACGAAAUAACUGUGACAAAUGGCACAACAGCAGAUGGCUUAAGUGGCGUAAGUCACACAUUCCAUUAUGAUUACGUCUUUUGGUCGGCAGACACGGAAGACAAGCAUUACGCUGAUCAAAAGCAGGUUUUUGAUACGCUUGCCAAGCCCUUGGUUGAUGGCGCCUUCGAGGGAUACAACGUGUGUUUAUUCGCAUAUGGCCAAACAGGUUCUGGCAAAUCUUAUUCCAUGAUGGGAAUUGAUUCAGACGAUCCCGAUGAAUUAGGUUUAGAAGCUGGCAUCACUCCACGCUUCUGCAAGGAGAUCUUCAACCGCAUCGAGGAACUCAAAGAAAACUUUUAUGCCGAAGUCGAGGUCAGCUACUUUGAAAUUUACAACGAGAAAAUCCACGAUCUUCUCACUUUAUCAAGCGAAGAAGGAUUUAUCAACUUUGAAAAUGCAAAUUCGAAGAAAUCUGCUCUCAAAGUACGCGAACAUCCCGUUUUCGGGCCAUAUGUCGUCGAUUUGAGCACUCACAUGGUCGACAGUUACAAACUUUUGCGCGAUUGGCUCGCCGUUGGUAAUAGUCAACGUGCUACUGCCGCAACUGGCAUGAAUGACAAAAGCUCCCGAUCACAUUCAAUCUUCAAUAUCGUGUUAAAUCUCACGGAAAAGACAAAUGGACACGAUGCUGACGAAGUAAAACUUACGAAACGCAGCAAAAUUAGCCUCGUUGACUUGGCGGGAAGUGAACGGGUGUGUCACACAAACGCUUCGGCGGAACGUUACAAGGAAGGCGUCAGCAUUAACAAGAGUUUAUUGACUUUGGGAAAAGUUAUUUCAGCACUGGCGGAUACCAAGAAACAAAAUACCUUCGUGCCGUAUAGAGAAAGUGUUCUAACGUGGCUUUUACGUGAAAAUCUCGGAGGUAAUUCCCGCACAGCAUGUUUGGCGACAAUUUCCCCCGCAAACACGCACAUGGACGAAACGCUUUCGACGCUACGUUACGCCUGCACUGCCCGUCGCGUCACAAAUCGCGUGCGAGUCAACGAGGCACCGCACGAUAAGAUAAUCCGCGAACUCAAAGCCGAAGUCGAACGUUUACGUGCCCUCUCACAAAAUUUCGAAACACUUCAACGUCGAACGUCAAUUAACAAUCUCGAGCCGCGAAAAAUUAUCAUCGAAACGUCCGUGGAUGAUAACGAAAUUGAGGUAUUACGGCAACAGCUGCAGUCGACAGAGAAGGAAUUGGAACGUGCUCAGACAAAGUGGGAGGAAAGGUUAACGGAGAUGGAGGAGAUAAAGCGCGCGGAAACGCGAUUAUUGACGAAAAAUGGUCUCGCAUUGACACUUACGGCAGAAGAGCAACAGGCGUUGUUGAUAAAUAUUUCGCCGAAUAUGAUGGAAACUGGAAAUCUCUUGUAUUUAUUGCCGAUGGAGACAAUUAAAAUUGGUCGAUCGUCGUCUCUGACAAAUUCCUGUGUCGAUAUUUGCUUGAAUGCAACGGAUAUUGCGAAUCAUCAUUGCUCAAUUAUCAAUCGUGGUGCUAUAAUGUACAUUCAACCAGAGGCAGGCGACUCUCACAAGACAUAUCUCAACGGGAAACUUCUCGCUAAUGGUCAGAGAACCCGCAUUUAUCACGGAGAUACGAUAGUAUUAGGCACCUCUCAUUAUUUUAAAGUUGCCAACAAAUUAUGUCAAAACAUGUCAGAGAAUAAGAAUUACGAUUUCCAAAGUUGUCACGAAGAAAUACUUUCGGAGCUUGAGAAGCGUUUGCGUCAUGAAUGGGAUCAAGAUAAGCGAAAUGCAGUACGUAAAACGGAAUUAGCUUGCACCAAAAAGUUAUCAGACUACCAUCAAAAGAUGACAGAGCUCGAAAGUGAAGUUGCCCGUUUGAAAAAAGAAUUUAUACAACAAGAAAAAUCAAAACGACGUUCGAGUCAGAUGCUCUUGAAGAGUCCCGAUUUAACAGAUGUCACUGAAGAAACCGAAGAUGCCGAAUAUACUUCAUUUUUACUGCAAGAAAUCCAAGAAAUUCUUUCGAAUCCCGAUCAAGACUUGCUCAAGCAGCAUCAACAACUUGUAAAAGACGCCAACGAAUGGAUGCAAAACAAAGAUUUACCGUUCACAUUCAAACUUUCACUCCCCAAAGAGGAUUCUUUCACGGUUACCAGUAUUCACAUCACCGACAUCAGUGCGCAAAAGGAAGCCACGUGGUCUGUUGCUCGUCUCCAAGCAUGGGUAGAUGCGACAAAAGAAAAUUUCAUCGACAACCAAGCACCAUUCGCGUUAUUUGACAUCGAAUGGACCGACAUGGAAGAAGACGAAUCUCUGAAAAAAUCGGCGGAACCAUCAACGCCCAGCAAAAUCUUCUCCCGUCUCAAUGAUUUGAGAAAUUCAUUGACGAAAUCCCCGUUACAGCACAUCCGAUCGUUCAUGUCAUCGGAUUCGCCUCCAAAAUCACGACGACAAUUGAUCGCAGACUCAAACGACAAGGAAAAUCAAGACGUUCUGAACCAAGAAAAGAAUGCCUUUACGAAAUCGGCAAAGACAAUCCUUCUGGAUGUGGCUUCAUCCAACAUUAAAUUGAAACGUCUUUGUAGAAAACGCUCGAAAUCGCUAACAAACACGACAGACGAAGAUGAAAACUUGUCUUUGGCACAGCUGAAGACAAAUAUGCUCAAAAACUCGGAGAAAAUUGAAAGUAUUGUGCACCAAAUGAACUUGGUGUUGACUGAAAAUACCAUAAAAGACAGUUCGCCCAACAUUUCGAAGUCUCCAUCGAAAGCGGUGAAAUUUUUGAUCGAAUAGACUUGCCCCGAAUGACUUAGAAUUACAUGUUAACCGAUAGUUAAGAUAUUGUGUGCGCUUUUUUACACCUUUUUUUGUAAUAAAAUGACUAAUUAAUUUUUUUAUA